AGGUCACACGAGUGCAGGCCUCUUCCCAAAAAAAAGGCUGACCACAAUCCCAGGCAAGACGAUGACGAUUUAGGUUUAGUGCCUCCACCAAAAUAGUGCGUUGUAUGCCGGAUGCCUCACAGGGCGGACAGGGGCGCGGGACGUAAUUAUGAGGAUUCACCUGCUUCUGCUUGCCUUGCGUCUUUUUGCUAGUUUAUGAUCUUGCACCAGUCGUAAAAGUUUCAAGUUGAUAGAGCCUUCUGCUCAAGAACGCACUACUUACUUGCGAACAAAACGACUUUCCACCUGUGGGCGUCGUGGGUGCCUCGAAGAAAAUGGAGAAGAACGUUGGUCUUACUCUCUGACCCGCCUCAGCCGCACCCUACAAGGGACGCGAAUUCGUUGCGCUUUCGUGUAUUCUAGGAGCAAUCAGGAACUCAGGCAGCUUUUCUUGCGGUUCCAACGUCGCGUCAGAGUGGACAUACAUUCGCUUAAACCGGAAAGGGGUUCCUUCGUCGUCACGCAAAGGCGCUGAGCUACACAAACGCGGGCUCUUGUUGCAAUCCAAGAUCCAUCUUCAAGACACGGAUCAUGCCGGACGUGGACUCCAGUGUGUGGGGCGAGGUAAUCUCGCAGCACCGUGGCCUGCGGGAGUUUCUGUGGACUUUCGACCGCGUGGAGUGGUCCUCGGUAAUGAAGGCCCUGGCCAUUCUGGGGCUGCAAGCCGUGGUCUUGCGGUAUCGGACGCAGCUGGUGGACCUGGACCUGGAACUGCUACAACAAAUCGCCCGCUAUGUCGACAAAAACGAGGUGUUCCCGCCGAAUCUGGAUGCUGCCGGUCGUGAAACGGCGGACCCGCUGGGAUUCCUCCCGGCGAAAAGAAGGCCGCGUGUGGGAUCCGCCGGUACAUAUGAAAAUGAAAUAAAAUAGACCGAUAGGUUUGUCGAAAAGAACUACCUUCAACACUGUAUGUGGGCGAAAAGUGUAGAAGUACUGACUAGAAGAUCAAAGGUGGACUACAGCUUCGUAAAUGAAGAUGAAGUUGAAGACGUUGACGAUCUUCAUAAAGCUCGUAUUUGCCAUUGCACUCCCCUGAACAAGACAUUACCCAUCAUAAUGAUUGAACUCGUCUCAGGAUCGCUCUCAGUAUCAAACAAAAAUUUGACUGAUGCUCGUGCUGCCGUCACGCCACUGCUCACGGUCAGGGUCAGCACGCAAAUAUUAAGACUACAACUUUUCAUAUGUUGCACAUACCUGGACGCCGUCCAUUCUGUAUUUUGCACCGCACACAACAUCCACUUUUUUGUCCAAGCUGAAAGCUGACAAGAAACCACCGGUGGCAAAACAUCACGAGCAGUGUCUUUCUUUCCAUAGCUGGCUCGGUCUCAUUACGAGGAAACCAGGAAUCGGGACCGGCGGCCGACCCCGAAAAAGAAAUCUGCCCGGCCCCUCACUUCCUCGGGAAUAAGUAGUCUUUAUUCAUCAUCCGGAGCACCUGGACCUGGCGGGGGCUCCGCUGCAAGGAAGAAGCUCAGUACAAGGCCGGUCUCGUCCCGCACGGCUGCCAAUGCAAGAAGCUAUUUGAGCAGGUAAGAUUAGAACAACAAGAAGUAGGUCGUCCUCGUGCUUGGAUUAUCAUGUUGUAGAAGUCUGAGCCUGAGGGUGGUUUUUGCCGGAGCAUACUGACAGUCAAACAAGAAAAGAAAGAAAAAAAUCACUACACGUUGUAUGUUCAAUCAUGUAGUUGAUGAUGUUUGUUCCAAUCCCAGUGGAAAGGUCUACAACUGCCUUGUCGCGAAAACAAAAACCAGGCCUGGUGGAGCAGCGCCCAGCUCGUCCUUUUCGGGCGGCCCCUUGCCCCUUUCCGCACGGCUACCGUCAUCACGCGCAGGCAGAAAAGUUCCGCUACCGGGUGGUUUUUCAUCCGGAGGAUAACCAAUCGCAAUCAACGGAAAGACCAGGAGGCUGAGAUUACAUCCACAUUGAUUUGUGUUUAUGUACCGCAGCAGCAUCGUUAUCGUACUCGUUCGUAUGCAAACCCGAGCUCAGCGUGAGCUGCAUUGAUUGCUCAACAUAAUCUUCCACGUGCGCGUGUUUCUAAAUGGAGGUAGACACGGAGUGAUGCAUGCGGCUGGUUGUUCUUUCACAUUCGCUGUGCCUGACCGGAAGACCUUUCCAUGUGCAUAUGCUAUCCUCGGGCUCAACAGCAGGUAGAUCAUCCCGGUAUUCGCAGCCGGCCGCAAAGAAAAAGGCAGCCGCUGGGGGACUGCGUGCCGCCGCCUUGCAGCGCAGUAAGGCUAAUGCCAACGCGGCUUACCUGGAGGCGCUCGCAAUGGCCCGGGGUGUGGGCGGCACGGAAAGCAGCGCGUUUCAGUUUGAUCCGCUCCCCCGACCGAAAACUGCGCCGAGCGGGGACCGCCGCGCACCACACGAGCCGUUCAAGCUGAAGGACUUCUCCUCACAGCCGAUCUCGACUGUUUUGAGCGAAGUUGAGAGUAACCUGUGCGCGCUGGGAGAUCCAAAUCCUGCAUCACUUCAAGCGGGCCUCGUCGAGGGCCUGCACGAAGAGAUAGGAGCCGAAUCCGCAGCAGAGGAACUCAGCCAGGUCAUUCUCGCCGCGACAAGGGUACUACAUAGUUAAUACAACCAAGAGGCGUGACAAGGCUGUCGGCGACAUGAUGAAAACAUGCAUGAUUUCUUAUGUUCUGCAGUAGUGCAAUUGCAGUUUAAUAACGUGCCCGUACUAAAGUUGACUUCGUAUAGAGUAAGUACAACGAUUUCCAAAUGCAAAUACAGGAGGGUCUGUCUCCGCGAUCAAGGCGGGACUGGAUGCACACCUCAACAGCCUCCAGUACGAGAUCACGGCCCAGCUCCGCAAAGCGGCUGCGCGACAUCAUGUUUCCCGAGUAUAGAAAAUCGCGGUCUUAUGUUGCGAGUUUGGCUUUGUCUUGCAGUUUCAUAUUCUUUUUCUUACGGAAUUAUGACAAGCUGCAAAAAACAAUUAUACAAUUGACCUCACACGUGGUCAAUGAAUGAAAAUAUUUCCACAAGAACCAAAAUAUAUAAACUUGACCAGGGACAGUGCUGGGCAGCUUCCUCUUGCGUCGCUUCCAUCACGAACCGAGCGUCGGACGCGACACAUUGCCGCUCACAGUCUCGACGCAGCGCAUAAACGCGUUCGUAGUGCACGCAGCUUCACCUAUCAAGUGUAGCAGUAGUUCUUCUGUUUGCACCCCUACUAGAAGCCAGCGCGAGCGGGACCUCUCCCCAAUAACACAAGAUAAGAAUGGCAGUAUUGAUUCAAGAUGAGCAUGGUGGAACGCAAAUAAGAUCGCUCGAAUGCGAAGCGGAGGCAGAAAAGCAAAGUGCAG